CACUUUUCUUUCCCUUUCGUUCGCUUAUCGUGAUCGCAAAGUCCCGCCUGGAACCAACACAAUCAUGGGCGAUUCAGCAGACAACUCCACUGGCCCUCCCCCCGGGGAGUCUCCCGUUACUGCAACAGGCCUCUUCAUCCCUCCAAGUAUAGAUCACUCUCGGCUCUUCGCCGGGGAGUCCUAUGCUUACUAUUCACCUUGUCCUCCUAUCAUUGCAACCUCCAAAGGCACUGAAACUGCUACGAGCUCUUCACCAAAUCACCUUGUCUUGGGCGUAGACGAGGCCGGACGCGGUCCAGUUCUAGGCCCCAUGGUCUACAGCGCUUUCUACUUGCCCCAAGAUCUGCACCAUUCCCUCUUGACUCGUGAUUACAGCUUCAACGACAGCAAAGUUCUCACGCCCGGCGUGCGCGCUAACCUCAUGAAGCUACUAUGCACCCCGGGAAAUCCCUUACACGAAUCCUGCGGAUGGGCCGUGAAGCUACUAUCAGCGCGUGACAUCUCGUCCGGUAUGAUGCGGCCUGGAGCGGGAGCUUAUAACCUGAAUGCGCAGGCAAUGGAUGCUACAAUUGAACUCAUCCGUGGGAUCAUUGAGGAUCGCAACAUGGAUGUUCGAGAGGUCUACAUCGAUACGAUUGGAAACCCCGCAACCUACCAACAGAAACUCGAAAAGAUAUUCCCAUCACUCAGAAUCACCGUGGCGAAGAAGGCCGACUCGUUAUAUCCGUGCGUGAGUGCUGCAAGUGUUGCUGCCAAAGUCACCAGAGACGUCGCAUUGGAUCUCUGUCAUCAGGCUAUAUAUGAAGACGUCCAUGCGGAAGAUGCAUCAGAGGCGGUGAUGCCACAGAGUUGGGGAAGCGGCUAUCCCUCUGACUCAAAGUGUGCCAAUUGGUUGAAGAAAAACAUGGAUCCGAUCUUCGGAUGGGGUAACGAAUGCCGAUUCAGUUGGGGCACCGCAAAAGAGUUGCUCGAAUUGAAGGGAAGGCCAAAGGUCGACUGGCCUGGAGAAGAGGAAGAAAAUACGCAGCUCAGGGACUUCCUCUUAUCUUCAACCAGUAACACUACUAAAGCUCAGCACGAGCUGCUGGAAUGGUACGGGUCAAGGUCCACUGAGGUCCUUUCUUAGCCAAACAUGAGUUUAUCCUACAUCACACGCAGAUGCGGAGGUGACGAUAAUAAUGACCAAAU